CUCAUGCAUGUAUUGCCCGUAGCAGGAUUCACAUCACGAUAAAUCAACUUUGAACGAAGCCUAAUAGUAGUGACAAAGAUUCGCAGUUCCAAUGAACUUUUCCCCAUAUUGUACGACUGAUCCACAAUAGACUUUCUUAUCAAUAUCUGCACAGAUUACAGAGCUAAAUUGGAAGCCAAUCAUGGCGAUUUCACUGAAGUUGGAUCUGACCGACAGCCGAGGCCACCCAGUCUUACCGUAUCUUACACUCACAAUACAGCUCAACGGCAAGUCCACUCGGCUCUGGACAGCUUCUGGCUCUCAAUUAACUGCUUCCCAACUUUCGGCUCGGUAUCGUAAUCCGUUCUCCCCGGACUCAGGAACCGCGGCUGAUCAAUACUUUUGGGUUUGCUCCAGGUUGUUAUAAUAUUUGCAAAGUGCGCAUCAUUGCAGGGGAGUUAGUGACUUUCUAUUCUUUCCAAAACGAAGUGUAUAGGGGAGACGCCUGUAAAAUAAAUACACAGAUCAAGCUUCAAAAACAUGUCUUCACCUCAGCAACGAUUAUCCUCUAUUGCAAACCAGCUCUCAGGUUCUGGCUCCGCAUCCGCAAGGCAAAAGCUUUUGGCGAAAAACCCAGACGAUGUGGUCAUUACACUCGCCGUACGGACCCCUCUAACGAAAGCUAGAAAGGGUGGUUUGAAAGAUACAACCUUGGACGAACUUCUUAUCUCGCUGUUGACGAGUGUCCGGGAGCGUUCCAACCUCGAUCCCAAUCUUGUCGAAGAUGUUUGUGUCGGCAAUGUACUUGCCCCCGGCCAGGCUUACAUCGCCCGUUCUGCUGUUCUGGCAGCAGGAUUCCCCGUCACCGCUGCUGCAUCAGUUGCCAACCGGUUCUGCUCUUCUGGAUUGCUGGCGAUCCAGAACAUUGCCAACCAGAUCAUUGCCGGUUCGAUCGACGUCGGCAUUGCUGUGGGAGCGGAGAGCAUGAGCACUAACCCCGACAACGGCGCACCGGAAUUGUCCGAUAAAAUUACGACACAUCCAAUUGCCUCACAAAAUAAGCAGCCCAUGGGCCAGACUUCCGAGAAUGUAGCAACUCAAUUUGGCAUUAGUCGCGAAAGGCAUGACCAGUUUGCAGCCAAGAGCUACCAGAAAGCGGAGCGUGCCCAGAAGGCUGGCUGGUUUGCUGAUGAAAUAGUUCCCGUCCAAACUACGGUCAAGGAUCCAAAGACUGGCGAGGUGAAGAACGUUGUGGUUGAUCAAGACGAUGGUAUUCGGUACGGCACCACUGCCGAUUCACUUGGCAAGAUCCGUUCAGCUUUCCCUCAGUGGAAGCCCAGUGCCACAACGGGUGGUAAUGCUAGUCAAAUCACCGACGGCGCCGCAGCACUUGUCCUCAUGAAGCGUUCUCGCGCUCAAGAAAUAGGCCAGCCCAUUCUGGGGAAGUUCUGCGGGGCCACUGUCGCUGGCUUAGAACCUCGAAUCAUGGGGAUUGGCCCCUCCAUCGCCAUUCCUAAGAUCCUCUCAAAGUUCAGCUUAACUAAGGAUGAUAUUGAUAUCUUCGAGAUCAAUGAAGCCUUUGCAUCCAUGGGCACUUACUGUGUUCAAAAACUUGACCUCGAUGAAUCCAAGGUGAACCCUCGGGGUGGUGCAAUUGCAUUCGGCCAUCCGCUGGGAUGUACAGGAGCACGGCAAGUUGUUACUGCUCUCUCUGAGUUACGGAGACAGAACAAGAGAGUAGCAGUCACCUCUAUGUGCGUCGGAACUGGCAUGGGCAUGGCUGGGAUUUUCGUUUCCGAGGCUUGAAGUUAGACUCUCUAGCUCCAUACUGAGAGGGCUGGUUAGGAAAUUUGAAAUAUUCCGCAAAUAUGCUGUACCUCAACCAUCCUGACUAUAAUACCGAGUAUACAGCUUGCAUAAUAGACUCGAUCAAGUCGAUGAUUGAUACCGAGCCGUACAAGUUCCGGAACUACCAGUGGAACAAAUAUAGUGGAGAAACUGGAAGGUAACAUCAUACAAACUCCUUAAAUAGUGGAAGACAUAGCAUUGGAUGAUCUUAAUCCAGUCAAGAGUUCUGUGAUAAAGGAAAAAAAGUAUA